GCGUACGUGACGGUCUAGCCACCGAGAACCGGCUUCCUCUUUCAAAAUCUCACCGGUUCGUGUCGUGUAGUUGGCUGCCCCACAUCAUGUUCAGCGCCGCCGUCCGACUCUCUGUCUCCGGUGUCCGGAGUUUAAGCCGUACGCAACCGGGAUGUAAAGCUUUAUUGGCCUCGCGGUGUUACUCUCAUGGGAAGCAGGAGACGGAUGAGGAGUUUGAUGCCCGCUGGGUCACCUAUUUCAACAAGCAAGACAUUGACUCAUGGGAGCUGAGAAAAGGGUGGAACACAUUGAUUGGUUACGAUCUGGUACCCGAGCCAAAGAUUCUCGAGGCAGCACUGAGAGCCUGUCGGAGGUUAGAUGACUUGGCCAGCGCUGUUCGAAUUUUGGAAGCUGUGAAGGAUAAAGCCGGCCCACAUAAAGACAUCUACCCAUAUCUGAUCCAAGAGCUUAAGCCAACGUUGGAAGAGCUCAGCAUCCCUACACCCGAAGAGCUGGGCAUCGACAAAGUAUAGAUGAAAAGACAAAAUGGCGGUGGGGAUCUCCUGGACACGGAACCCUUUUACUCAACUGUUUGCCUCAUAAAAUGCGUGUGAUAUUUAAUUUGGCCUUUAUUACGUUCUUUUGCUUGUAAAAUAUUGAUGAACAUGAUAAAGGGAAGAAUCUU